AUGUGGCUGGCCAUGGUGAUGAACGGCAUGGUGCUCACCGUUGUGGUCGUGGCGGUGUACCUCAUCUCCUUGCUUCACUUCUGCGACGGCGAGAUCCUCCAAACCAACAUCUAUAAUCUCGGCCCAGGAUACGAUGUCAGGCUGAGCAAGGCCCAGACCGUGGCCUUCAUCUCCUUGGUCUGGUCUGAGAACAUCCGUGCCUACAUCUCCCGGUCCUUCACGAACCCCAUGUGGCACGACAUCUUGGGGAACCCGUCCAUGCAGAAGGCCAUUGUCAUGGCGCAGAUCUGCCUCUACGUGGCGGUGCUGGUGCCCUACCUCUCCGACAAGAUCCUGGGCCUGCGCGGCCUGGAAAUCGGCUACUUCGGGUGGCUGCUGGCGCUGGUCGGCCCCGCCGGCUGCUUCCUGCUUAGCGAGUCCUGCAAGCUCAUCAGUGCCUAUCAGGCCCGGAAGUACCAGGAUUCGCUAGCCAUGGCAGAUUCUUCCGCGCCGGCGGCAGCUGUCAAGUUCUCAGCAGCCAAGAAAGGGAAAGAAGCCAGCAAGCCCGUGGACAAGAAGAUCAAGAAGCGCAGCUGGCUGCAGUGCUGCCAGGGCUGGCUUUGA